AUGUUAUCCGCAUCAUCAUUCUCCUCAACAACGGCAGAUGCAAUUCUUAUUGCAUCAUGGUCUCGUAUGUCAACAAAUAUAAAUUGUUAUUUUUCAAUAUUUUUGUUUAUAUUUGGUGUAAUUGGAAAUAUACUUAAUAUUCUUGUUUUAUCUCAACGAUCUCUAAGAUCGAAUCCGUGUUCAUGGUUAUUUCUUAUAUCAUCAUUAGCAAAUUUUAUUGCGCUUUUAUCUGGUCUUACAACACGUAUUAUAUCAAAUUGGACGAGCGAUCUGACAGAUACAGUUGCAUGGCUUUGCAAGCUUCGUAUUUUCACUCUUUAUUCAUCGAGAACCAUUGCAGCAUGGCUGAUUAUGUUAGCAAGUUUCGAUCGUUGGCUUUUGUCUUGUCGAAGUGCUCGGCGUCGACAGUUGAGCUCAAUAAAACGUGCACAACGAGGCACACUUAUCGUUAUUCUAUUUUCGUUAUUUAUCUACUCACCACUAUUCUAUUGUUAUGAAGCCAAUCUAAGCAAUGCACCACUUCGAUGCUAUAGUAAAACAAUUCUAUGUCGAAUAUUUGCUGACCAAGUUUAUACUUGUAUAACAAUUGUUUUUCCUUUAAUAUUGAUGUUUUUAUUUGGCUUUAUGACAAUGUCAAAUGUACGCAAAUUAAAAUAUCGUUUACAAUCUCCACUUCUACCAAGAUUGAGUAUUGCAACAUGUCCUAGUGAUAAACGGCAGCGAUUUCGACGACUCGAUCGCCAUUUAUUAAUAAUGCUUCUUGUACAAAUUAGCUUUUUGGCUUUAUUCACACUUCCACAGGCAAUACAACAAAUAUAUUCGACAAUUACAAUAGAUCAGCCUAGAACGACAGUUACAGAUACAAUUGAAAGUUCUAUUUAUGCAUUUGGAAUUUUAUUGACGUAUUUGGCUAGUGGAAUGCCAUUUUAUAUUUAUACAUUAAGUGGUGGCUGUGUUUUUCGGCAAGCAUUUUUUGCUCUAAUUGAACGUACGAAAAAGACAAUUUUCUGUCAACAAAAAUAG